AUGCCCGGGUCUUGUACAAAAUAUGCAAGUUAUAGAUCUUAUAAUAUACCUGGUAUAAAUCAAGGAGAUACUGUCGAUGAGUAUUUUACAAAUAGCACACAUGUAGACUAUAAAGCAUGUCUUGGAAAUAUUAAUUAUUUCUGCCUAUUCUGA